UACCAACAGUGCUAGGGAAUUUGCUUUUUUAAUCAGGCCCAAAAUGCCAAACAUCAAGUCUGGCUGUUUUCCCAGUGCCUGCACCAGUAUCAGUGUUUUUAAGUUGCGAGCGUCCAUAUAUUUAAGAUAGAAAAGUACAAUAUCCAUUACUUUAUUUUUUGUCUGCUGUCCUGACUUAACUUUUUCAUUCCACCCCUCUUCUUGAACACAUGGUGAAAGGGAAUGGCAGGGGAUUUAUCGCUUAUUUCAAUCCUUUGUGGGGCUUUUGCUGUGGGAGCUACCAUCAGUGCAUUGUGCACAAAUUGCUGGCAGAUUAACAGCAAAGGCUCUGUUAUACUGAGUUUGCGUUACAAGGGUCUCUGGAAAGAAUGUGUUUGGGACAGUUUUGUUAAAAUUUGGACCUGUGAUGUUUUUGGAUCUUAUUUAAACAAGCACCCAGCCACCAUAGUUGCUACCAGAUCACUGAUGAUCAGUUCAAGUAUUGCAGACAUCAUUGCAUGUUUGUGCCACCUGCUGGGUUUGAAGCAACUGCAACUGUGUGGAGAUACGAGAACAAAAUUAUUCUUCCUUCGCCUUUCAACAGCUUUAUACACCCUUGCUGGAGUGUUGUCAGCUGUGGGUAUCGUGAGUUACAGUGUAUAUGUGUACUACACUCAUCAGUAUGAGGUUUCUCUGAAAAUCCCAGGAUUUCCUAGCUUUGAAUAUGGCUACUCUCUCUGGAUGGGUAUGGGAGGUACCCUAGGGGCUUUGUUUACAGCUGCUUUAUUGAUCUGUGAGACUGCUGGGAGAAGAAAUCCCACACAGACCGCUGAAACAGUCGUUAGCAGCAGACCAUACCAUUUGGGAAUAAAGAGCACGUAUGUAUAGCAAAAAAAAAUGGUGGUGUCCGCAUGACAGCUCUCAAAGCAACCAGCUUGCCCUAAGGCUAUGAGAAAGCAAAAUAGAGCUUCAGCAAAAGAAAAUAAACUUUAGAGAAUAAUUGCUGUUUUCAGUAUGUUUCACUAAAGCAGUUUGUCAUGUUUUCAUGUCAUAUUUGAAUAUAAAUAAAUGCUAUUACUGAA